AUUCUGGGCACAUCCUAUGUGGGCUCUAAAACGGUUUUGUUUCUUGUACCAUUUGGCCCAGCCUAUAAGGUCCCUCUGUUGUGCUGCUUUCUCACAGCAUCACCUGCUGGCUGCCCAGGGCCCCUCUCUGGGUGGCUGCCAGUGAGUCACAUCCUGCCCUCAGGCACAGCCCCUGUCCCUGCCACAGAGCUGGGGGCUUUCCCUGGGGCACAGGCACGCAGGCACCAUGAGAAGGAUGCUGCUGCUUCUGCUGCCACUUGUGGCCCUGGCUGAAGCCUGGUUGCAUCCAUUCCCCUCCCCAUGCCGGCUCCACUUGCAGCAGACACAGGCUGUCCUGCGUACACCUGCGGGCAGCAGGCUGGCAGUGCUUGCUGCCUUUUCUCUCCUUCUGAUACACGGACAUGCACAAGUGCUGCUGCAACAGAGUCCACCAUCUGUUACCAGAACGAGAUCCAGAACUGUGAACAUUGAGUGCAAAGCCGAGGGAUUUCAGAAUGCCUACAUCCACUGGUACCGACAGCUGCCUCCCAGAGCUCCUGAACGGCUCCUUGCUGUGACAGCAGAAUUACAAGUUUCCUAUGAUUCAGAAUCCGAUAGGAGCAAAUAUUUGUCCUAUAAAAGUGAGAAUAAAGUCUGCACUCUCUCAGUUCACAGCACACAGGACGGAGAUGAAGGUACCUACUGCUGUUCCUACUGGGAGUCUCACAGCGGGAGCAGCCUGCAGGCAGCCCUUACAGAAAGCUGGCUGCAACCUGUGCGGCACACUUUGAUACAAGUGCCGAGAAACACAGCUGCCUUCCUGCCCCCAUCUCUCAGCCUUCAAGGCAUCCCCACAAGCUUAAGCAGAGGAAGGAAUUCCAAGACGAAAGCCAAGACACUUAUGUGGCACUGUCUGUGUCACUAUUCUGUGCAGUCUGAAUCCAUCGUUUCCUCUCCUUACCAGCAGCCAUCCUAUCCCUAAUGUUCACUUUUUCAAUGCUGGAAUGGCAGCACUAAGGGACUUGAUGCAAAAUGAUGGAUCUGUCACAAGGAAACUGGCAGUAGAGUUUACAGAACAUGUCCUGACAUGUGGUCUGUAGUGCAUGCUGCAGUCGACAAAGACCUGGAG